UUGUUUGUUAUGUCUGACAGCAGUAUCGUAAGUGAUGAAGAUGCUCAUGAGGAGGCGCCGGCUGUUUCUCAAUCAAACCAACAACAACAUUCAGAUGAUUCUUCGUCAAUGUCUUCAACAUCCUCAUCAGAUGAAGAACAUGACGAGCAAAAUUUAAAUGAGAACCCAACUCAUCCUCAAUCUGAUCAACAACAAUAUCAAGAAGAUGGAGAAGAUGAUGAGACUAGCGAAAUUGCUUGAUGCUGAAGAUGACAUCCCUGUAAAUAGAGGUGCUGAAGAAGAGGACGAUGAGGAUGGAAUAUUUACGACUAAAGAUGAUGACGAAGUUAGCGGUGUGCAUGCUACAGCAGAACAUAAUGAUGAAGAAAUGGAAGAAGAUGAAGUUGAACAUCACGAGGAGGAAAAUACUCAAGAAGAUGUCCAUUCACAUCAGGAUGAAGAUGAGACUCAUCAAGUAAUUGCACGGAUGGAUGUUUCUGACGAUGAAGAACAAGAAGAAGAGGUUGAUACUGGCCCGACAAAAAUUGAUUUGAACAUGGCCCGUUGUAAAGUUGAUUUAGGCGAGGAAGGGCCUUAUUUUGUUAAACUGCCGAAUUUCUUAAGUAUUGAAACAAAACCAUUUGAUCCUGAAACUUAUGAUGACGAAAUUGAAGAAGACGAAACACUUGACGAUGAUGGGCGAACUCGUUUGAAACUUAAGCUGGAAAAUACAAUCCGUUGGAGAACGGUCCGAGAUGAGCAAGGCAAUGAGAAGCGUGAGAGCAAUGCAAAAAUUGUUCGUUGGUCUGAUGGAAGCAUGUCCUUAUAUUUGGGUAACGAAAUCUUCGAGGUGGAUAAACAAAAAAUUAUGGACUUUAAUCAUCUCUAUAUUCGUCAAGGAGCAGCUCUGCAAGCACAAGCCGUUUUCGGCGAAAAACUUGUAUUCCGCCCACACUCAACAGAAACUUUAACUCAUCGGAAAAUGACAAUGAACAUGGCUGAAAAAACAAGCAAAGCUCAAAAAGUUCGCAUGCUUGCAAAUGUUGGGGAUAAUCCAAAUGCUCAACGAAAGGAAAUGAUUCGCUUGGAGGAAGAAAAGUUACGAGCCGCAGCUCGCCGUGAAGCACAGCAACGAAAAGUUCGUGAGCGACCAAUGACUGUUGGACUCACAUCUGGAUUCCUUGAGGGUUAUGAUUCUGAUGAAGCAGUCGAUUCGCUAGCUGCAAUUAAGAGAAGAUAUCAACAUGCCCCAUAUGGAAUGGAUAGAUAUCAACGUGAGCGCUCUUUCUCUGAAUCAGAUGAGGAACAAGAGGAAAGGCAAAGGAAAACUAUAAAUGAGGCAAAAAUUGACAGUGAAGAAGAGGAGGAAGCUGAAGAAGGUGUGGAGGAAAUGGACACAUCUGAUACUGAACAAAGGCAGAAAAAGCAGCAGAAAACACAACAAAAACGUAAGAUCGUUAUUGAGGAAGAUGAAGAUUAA